AUGCCGACUCACAUUACCGAAAUAUUAGGAUGCCAGGUUUCCCCGUUGAUUUCGGUUGAUUUCUACUCCGAGAGAAUGGGUCUCCUCAGCACACUGGUCGCCUCUGACAACUCCAUUGAACAGCUGAGUGGAGAUGUUCACAAGCUAGCUGCUCUAAAGGUUCUGGAUCUCUCUAACAACAAGCUGAGUGAGAUCCCCUCUGACCUGAGCGACUGCUCCAAGCUGAAGGAGAUUCACUUCAAAGGCAACAAGUUGAACGACAAACGUCUGGAAAAGAUGGUCAACGGCUGCCAGACCAAGUCCAUCCUCGACUACCUCAGAGGAAAAGGAAAAGGAAGACAGGGAGAGGACGGAGGUGAGACGGACGGGGGUCGCAAGGCAGACAAGGGGAAAAGGCAGCAGAGGAAAAAGAAGGAGAAGGUGGCAGACGGACAGGACGAGGUGGAGGAACUGAACAAGAUGGUGGUGAGGGUUCUCCAUGUCUCGGACUCUCCUACAGCUCUCACCGUCACAGUGAGUGCUGAGGUGAAAGAUGUUCGACCAACUUGCUCCCCUGAUGUUGUGUCGCUGGGUCGGAAGGAGAUGACGGCCGUCGAGCUGAUAAGACACCUUCAGCUGGAGGCGGAGGAGCUGAGGAAGCAGAAGAAGAGGCAGAAUGUCACUGGCCUCCACAAAUACCAGCAGCUUCUGCAGGGAAAAGAAAUGUAUCCCUGCCUAGUGGAUGCAGAGGGACAUGUGAUCUCAUUCCCACCUAUUACCAACAGUGAGAAAACCAAGAUCAAGAAGUCUACCAAAGAGUUGUUCUUGGAGGUGACGAGUGCAGCCAGCCUGCAGACCUGUAAAGAUGUUAUGGACGCUCUGAUUGUAAAAAGGGCAGAGUUGAACAAGUUCACGGCGGAGAAUCGGGAGGAGGGGGGGUCAGACGGGGAAGGGGAAGGCCCACAAGAGCCGGCGGCCAGCAGUGAGACCUCCAGCCAGCUGAUUGUUCAGCAGGUCCGCACAGUGGACCAGGACGGCAACCUGAAAGUUCAUACAAAGCUUCAUGACGACUUGUGUGGUAAAAGGACCAUCGCAACCAUUGCAACUCAUGAUGUGCAGCUUCUCAAAGCUCCCCUGAUGUAUGAUGUCAAACCACCUACCCAGCUGAAGGUUGUGUCGCUGGGUCGGAAGGAGAUGACGGCCGUCGAGCUGAUAAGACACCUUCAGCUGGAGGCGGAGGAGCUGAGGAAGCAAAAGAAGAGGCAGAAUGUCACUGGCCUCCACAAGUCAGUGCAACUUAUGACUCUGUGUUCUCUGUCGAGGAAAGGGUUUGGAAAGAUCCUCAUUAGAUAA